ACAGAGCUUGAGAGCGCGUGCCUGGCCCGCCCGCGAUCGCAUUCCCGAGCAAAGACCCAUCUUCAGGAUCGCCAUGGCGGAGGCUUUUGCAGGCGUCUGGAAGCUGGUCGAGAGCGUCAAUUUCAACGACUACAUGAAAGCUCUCGAAGUGAGCUUUGCCACAAGACAGAUUGCCAAUUUUACCAAACCCACUACCAUUAUUGAGGUGGAUGGCAAACAGUUUACCAUCAAAACCCACAGCACUUUAAAGAACACAGAGAUCUCCUUCACGCUGGAAAAAGAAUUUGAUGAGAUAACAGCAGAUGACAGGCAUGUCAAGUCCGUUGUGACACUAGAUGGAGGGAAACUUGUUCAUGUGCAGAAAUGGGAUGGAAAGGAGACCUCGCUUGUUCGAGAAAUAAAGGAUUCAAAACUAAUUUUGACGCUGACAAUAGGUGAUGUGGUCUGCACUCGCACGUACCAUAAAGAGAAUUAGAGUUUCUACCUCCUUCCUGCUACCAAUUUUUCACUGCCAAAUUGCCAGUGGGGUUUCCCCCCCCCCCCGUUUCGUACACUUACUGACAUUUUGGAGACCGUUC